UGGUGACAUCACAAAACAUUGCUCACAAUGGCUCCAGAGCACCUCAACUGCCUACCCACUCUCCCUAAUUCAUGCUUAGAUUCCUGAAGCCUCUACACAUGUAGUUCCAGGAGCUGCUGUUUUUAAAAUGCCAACAUCUCCAGCCACAAGCUCUUCCUGGGACAACCUCUUAAAUGCCCUUGCUCGCAGCUCAGUAUGGAAUUGGUUACAAGCAACCUUUAUGGGAGAGACUAAUGUGCCUCAGCCAACCAACUUGGGGGUACUAGACAACCUCGCACCAGCAGUGCAAAUCAUCCUAGCGGUCUCCUUUUUGAUUUUGUUGGUGAUUGGAUUAUUCGCCUUAUGGAAACGAAGUGUGCGGUCAAUCCAGAAAGUUGUGGUGUUUGUGAUCACGCUCUAUCAACUUUACAAGAAGGGCUCAGACUUUUUUCAGGCUUUGCUAGCCAACCCAGAAGGAAAUGGUCAACAGAUUCCAGACAAGAGUAAUAUCUUCCUGUCAUUGGGUCUGCAAGAAAAAAUUCUGAAAAAGCUUCAGGUGGUGGAAAACAAAGUGAAGGACCUGGAGGGGAUGAUCGUCACCCAGAGACCUGCCGUGAAGCGGGACUGCUCCUCUGAGCCGUACUGCAGCUGCUCCGACUGCCAGAGUCCCUUGCCCACAUCAGGGUUUACUUCUACAUCUGAAAUGUGACGGACUCCAGCCUUCUGCAGAAAAGCACUGCUUCCCUUACAUGUGCAGUUGUGUAUCAAUAAACUAG